GGGGAAUCUUGUCUUUACUUUGGGGUUCUCUGGACACAGAGAUGUCUCUAGGUAGCCCUCUAAACCUGUAGUAUCGUACCCAACUUUUCCCUCUGCUACUGAAAAAGGGCUUCAAUGGGAACCUUUGGAAUCUCAGAGUUUAGAUUAUGCAGAUAUCUGAUAAACUCUCUUAAAAAACCAAGUUGUUCCUAACUGUCGUAACGAAUCUGAUAGCCCUCCAAAUUUUCCUGCUGUGCACUAUGAUGAUGCUGACAGGCUUCCUUUUUUGAACAAAGCUGCCCUUUGCAGGGCUGAUCAGCAGCAUCUGACUGGUGCAGAUCACAUGGGAACACUCAUUCUCACUUAUCUCUUUUUUUCCAUUCCGAUACGUGGGCUUGAGAUUACGAAGCCCCGAAUAUUGUCCUUAUAGUCAUUAAUGCACUUUUUUCUUUCCCCUGUAACACAAGUUACACGUUGGCGAGUGAAGUGUCUUACUGCUGUGAUUUAACUGGUGAAUUAAUAGCUAAUGGGAAGAAAAUAGUUGCUUCUGCCCUGGAAACGCUUGAGAGAAUGUAUGAAAAGGUGAAGUAAGUCGUUAGGUGUAACUGAGCUGUGCAGCUGGAUGUUGUUUAAUGCUGUUAGUGUUCCUGGAUCAGCUGUGAGUUUACUUGAAGUCGAAUGUCAGCGCUUCGCACUGAAGGUUCAAGCAUUUUCCGUCCAUAACAUUGAUCUCAUUUGCAAAGACUGUCGUGCUCAGAACCUCUGCAGCACUGAUCAGUGACCAGGCUGUGAAACUGCAUUGUACAAAGCUUUGCACCAGUCAGAUUUUAUUGUCUUCUGACAGUGUUUGUGGGAGAGAGGGUCCGUCCUAGCAAGUGAGGAGAAAGAUCAUGUGCUAGGGAACUGCUGAGACUUGCUGCGUGCAGCCUGCUUGGAGAGAAAAAGGUCCACCUCUUGUUUUCUUUUUGUCUGAGUUUAGGUGAUUAAUCAAAUUGCUGCUCUCUGUGCACUGACUUUUCUAGAAUUGCUACUGCAGUGAUGUAAAGAAAUGGUUAUUUUAAAGAUGCAUAUAUAUAUAUAUAUUUAUUUUGAAAAUGUUUGAUUAAUAUAUUAAUGUGAAAUGAUUUCCGAAUGCAGAUUUGUUUUGCCAAGACUGUGAAGUAAAGCGAAAUCAGCUCAAAACUUAAUGCUGUGUGUGUUUGUGUAUGUUGAAGGGGCGUUUCUCUUGACUGAGGCUUACUUGGUGAAAUGACAGUAAGGUAUUAAAUGUUCACAAAUGCCCAUUUCCCAAUUCCUGUUGGAAACUGGUGAGGCGACUGCUCAGCAUUUUACCCAGAUGUGUUUAUUUCUAGACCAGUUGUCCUUGUAAAAGCUCCUUGUAAUCUAUUGCUGGAGAAAGUAGUCGAGGGACACCUUCCAAAUUGUGCUCUCAGCAUUGUGUUUGUCCUCCCACGUAACCAUUAAUGAAUUUUUAUGCUGGCCCAUCAACUCGGGCUUGAUUUCUUUAGCAAGAAGUGGGUGGAGAAGGGAAACAUGAAGACAGAAAAUGUUACAGCCCGGUGACAACACAACAAUCCCUGUUCUGUGAAUUAAAAUACUUCACUGCUGGUUUUCUUGUAUCUCCUCAGCCCGAUGUAAGAAGCUGCAGGAGGCUUGGUGCACCAGGGCUCCUGCUUUUAAAAUGGCUCUCUCCCAUUUACACCCUUCUAGGAUUAAUGUCUGUAAGCAAGCACGGUUUGUGUGAAGCCCCCAAGUCUCUUGCCCAGCACCACGUCCAGUACAGCUCUCGUGCAAGCAGUCAGCACAAACAUAUGGACCUCUCCCACCGCUUCUCCAAGCAAGAGCUGGCCCUGCUCUACCAGGAGGUGCUUUACACCAUCCAGCACCGUCUGGGCAAACCCCAGCCCCAACACGUUGCUGAUGCCCAGGAGCUCUGUGCCUACGUGCAGAAGGCUUUUGGCAUGGAUGCGGAGGAGCACAGGGCCAUCAUGCAGCAGGUCCAGGAGCUGGAGAGCCCAAUUUUUUGUCUGAAAGCAACCGUGAAGGAAGCCAAAGGGAUUUUGGGUAAAGACGUCAGCGGGUUCAGCGACCCGUACUGCCUGCUGGGCAUCGAGUCCAAGAACCAGGAGCCGGCCCACCCCGACAGCAAGAGGAGGCUGAAGGCUGUGGUCAAGGACCUCAUCCCUGAGGACCAGAUCCAUCGCACACAAAUCAUCAGCCAGACCCUCAACCCCGUGUGGGACGAGACGUUUAUCCUGGAGUUUGAGGACAUGGAAACAGCCAGCUUCCAUUUGGACAUGUGGGACUCAGACACGGUGGAGUCAGUGCGGCACAAGCUGGGCGAGCUGACGGACCUCCAUGGCCUCAAACGGAUCUUUAAGGAUGCUCGGAAGGACAAAGGGCAGGAUGACUUCCUGGGGAAUGUGGUCCUCCGCCUGAAGGACCUGCACUGCUGGGACGACCAAUGGUACCAACUGGAGCCACGCACAGAGACGUACCCCAACCGGGGCCAGUGUCACCUGCAGUUCCUGCUGACCCACAAGAAGCGGGCCACCACCUGCAGCCGGACGCAGCCGAGCUACACCGUGCACCGCCACCUCCUGCAGCAGCUGGUGUCCCACGAGAUCCUGCAGCACCAGGCCGGCAGCACUGCCUGGGACGGGGAGCUGAGCCCACAUGCCAGCACUGUGCUGUACCUGCACGCCACACAGAAGGAUCUCUCUGACUUCCACCAGGUCAUGGCGCAGUGGCUGGCGUACAGCAAGCUGUACCAGAGCCUGGAGUUCAACAGCAGCUGCCUGCUGCACCAGAUCACCAGCAUCGAGUACCAGUGGGUGCAGGAGCGCCUGCGGCCGGAGCAGAAAGCUGAGCUGGCGGAGUCCUUCCAGUCCUUGCUGACCUAUGGGGUGUCCCUCAUCCGGAGGUACCGCAUCAUCUUCCCCCUCUCUGUUGCGAGGUCCACGGAGAGGCUGCAGUCCCUGCUCCGGGUCCUGGUCCAGAUGUGCAAGAUGAAAGCAUUCAGAGAGCUGUGCACACCCAGCCCUGACCUCCCCAGAAUGGUCUCUGAGGCGCUCAAGUCAGGCACGGCGGAGUGGUUCCACAUGAAGAAGCAGCACCUCCAGCCCAUGGUGAAGAGCAUGGAGGAAAAUGGCAAAGCCUUGGCCAAACUCCUUUUGGAGGUGAUAGGAGAUCUCCAGCAAUGCCAGAAAAUCUGGAAUAAAUUCUUCAUCAGCACCUUGAAGCUGAAUCUCUUCUCCAUUGCCUACCUGGAGCUGGAGAGCCUGGUUGCAGAGCAUGUCCAGGAGCAGCUGCGUGAGAUUGACACUGGCAUGUCCAAGCCCACGGCUGAGAGCCUUUUCCAGCUCUACCUGAACCUGCAGGAGCUCUACAGGAUGAAGGACUUCCUCCCAAAGAGGGAUGGGCCAUUGGCUCUGAGUGAUUUCCACCAGUGGUUCAAGGAAGCUGUGCCUCAGUGGCUGCAGAAGGCCUACAGCAUCGCACUGGAGAGAGCACAGAGGGCUGUGCAGAUGGACCAGCUGACUCCCUUUGGGGAGCACAACAAGCACAGCACGUCCACUGUUGACCUGUCCACCUGCUACGCCCAGAUCGUGAAGACCUGGCAGCAGCUCAACUGGCCGGACCCUGAGGAAGCCUUCAUGAUCAUGGUGAAGCUCGUGGAGGAUAUGUGCAAAAUUGCCCUGAUGUACUGCCGGCUCGUCAAGGAGAGGGCUGAGGCUCUGUCACUGUGUGAGCAGAACGAGGGCGAAGCAGCCAACAGGCUCUGCAUCGUGGUGAACAACAUCAAGCAGCUGCGACUGCUCGUCCUGAAGCUGCCAUGGCAGCUGGACUGGGCCCAGCUGGAGCAGCGCACGGGGGCUGUCAUUGACCAGCAGCAGAUCCAGCACACGCUGCACCAUCAGCUCGACAGCACCGUCUCCUGUCUGGAUCGUGAGGUCCAGGACGUGGUGCAAGCCCUGGCCACCAAGCUGGAAGCGGGCAUCGCCAGGCACAUCCAAGAGCUGUCGGCCUCCAACAAUGCUCAGGAACCUGAAGAUUCCAUCCUCCCUCUCAUGAAGUUCCUGGAGUCGGAGCUGCAGUACCUCAAUGAGCACCUGGUCCAGGAGAACUUCAAAAGCCUCCUUGCUCUGCUCUGGCAUCACACCUUGGCUGUGCUGACAGCGGCUGCGGGGCCGCAGGUGCCCUCGGUGCAGCACUGCAGGAAGCUGCACUGUGCCCUGAAGAGCCUGGAGCUGUGCUUCCAUGCUGAGGGCUGUGGGCUGCCCCUGGAGACCCUCCACAGCACUGCCUUCCUGUCACUGGAGAGCCGCCUGGCCCUCUGCUCCUCCACCAGCCGCAAGCUCAUCCAGAAGUACUUCAGCAACAGGAUCCAGGAGCAGCUGGACAUCAGCUCGGAGAAGUACGGGGCUGUGACCAUCAAAGCGCUGUACCGCCCUUCGGAGCAGAAGCUGCGCGUGGAGGUGCUCAAUGCUGCCAACCUCAUCCCAUUGGACUCCAACGCCUCAUCCCCCCCGAGAAGUGCCGCCAGGACGGGGCCUGUCUGCUGCUCACCGUCUUCGAUUACGACACCCUGGGGGCCAACGACCUGGAGGGAGAGGCCUUCUUCCCCCUGCGCCACCUGCCUGGCCUGGAUGCCGAUGAGGACCGACCCGACACGGGAUGGGUGCCCCAAACGCGCCUCCCGCUCACCCACCCCAAACCCGGCGGCGAUGAGAUCCUGCGGCUGCUGGAGUGCAGGAAGGGGGACAAGGAGGCCCAGGCCUUCGUCAAGCUGCGCAAGCAGCGAGCCAAGCAGUCCAAGGAGACGGCGUGAGGGGCAGAGGGCCCUAAAUGGGGGGGUCCAGAGCGGGAUCCCAUGGGGACAGCAGGCCCUGCCCCCAGCAGUGCCCCCUGUGGGGCUCAGGAGGGUCGUGGGGUGGUUGGGGGUUUCCCUGCAGACUAACACUACGUUGCCUGGCCGUGUCCCCAGCCCCAGUGCUCUGCAUGGGGCAGCAGCAUCGGUGUGGGGCUGGGGCAACCUGCCUCCUUGGUUGUCUGGUUUGUUUGGUUUUUUUUCCCUUUUGUUUUAAAUUAAAAGCACGGAAGCAGG